AUGGUUGUCGCCCCAAGAGGGCUCACUACUGAGCUCAACGCACUCGCUAACGCUACUGUACAAGAACUAUCACCCUACGCUCAUGGAUUGAAGGGUGUUGACCAGACUGCGAAUUAUCUCUUUGCUGCAGUUCUCUGCAUAUCUCUCGGCGGACUAUGUGUGUUGACAUUGUUGUUCCGAUGGGCCACCAUGGGAAAUGCACACAUGCGGCACCUACUCACCAUGAGCAAUCCGGACAGACAAGUGUACUGGGCUCAAAAUCAUACCUCGCUUUGGCCCAAGAUCAAAAAGCACUUGCUAUACGCCCCGUUAGGUCGCAAUCGCCACAACAAGGAGAUCCAACUUUCCUCCGCAAUCAGUAUUGGAACCCUCCCAUCGCGUUUCCACACCCUACUUCUCACAGUCUACCUUUUCUCAAACAUCGCCUACUGUCUGGUUUUGCGUUGGGGCGCCGAGGACCGUGGUGCUGUUAUUGCUGAACUCCGCGGUCGCAGCGGUGAGCUCGCUGCACUCAAUAUCAUCCCUACCAUGCUCUUCGCUAUGCGCAACAACCCUCUGAUUCCCCUGCUCAGAGUUUCAUACGACACAUUCAACCUUCUCCAUCGAUGGUGCGCCAGAGUUUGCGCCAUCGAGAGCAUUGUUCACACCAUUUGCUACCUGGUCAACGUCAUCGACUCUGUUGGCUACGAUGGGCUCAAGAACAACCUGACCACUCCAAGCUAUGCAUGGGGCAUGGUUGGUACCUGUGCAUUUACCAUGAUCAUCAUUCAAGCAUUCUCGCCUCUACGCCAUGCCUUCUACGAGACAUUCCUCAAUCUCCACCGCUUCCUGGUCAUGCUGGGUCUGAUCGGUGUCUAUGUGCAUCUCGAAAAGCACGACCUUCCUCAGACGCCCUACAUCAAGUUCGUUAUCAUCCUCUGGGGACUGGAAUGGCUCUCGCGCUUUGUGCGUGUGGCCUACUUCAACUUCAGCCUGAAGUCUGGAAUGUCAAGAGCACAUAUCGAAGCGCUUCCUGGAGAGGCUUGCCGCGUCACUUUCGAGCUUGCCAGGUCUUGGAACUACAUUCCUGGAUCGCAUGUCCAUGUCUAUUUUCCCACGGUCGGUCUGUGGUCAUCACACCCCUUCUCUGUCGCUUGGGCAGAAACAAAACCUAGAAGUGCACCGCUCGAGAUCGAAAUGGAGAAAUUACCCUCGUGGAAUAUGCCCAAGCAUCAAUCUGUCAUAUCACACUAUAAGACGCAAAUAGCCGACAGCGAAGGGCCGGAAGUCACGCACGUCAGUCUGAUCAUCCGCGCCAGGUCGGGCAUGACCCGCCAGCUGUACGAGAGGGCAUGCGCCUCGCCAAAUGGCAUAAUCACACUACCUGGCGUCAUGGAAGGCCCGUACGGUGGUCACGAGAAGUUGGCGUCUUACGGCACCGCAGUCUUGUUCGCCGGAGGUGUUGGCAUCACGCAUUGUGUGGGUUAUGUGCAUCGUCUUUUGACACAAUACUCACAAGGGACGUGCUCGACACGGCGAAUCCUCCUCGUUUGGUCGGUGCCUACUACCGAAGCGCUCGAAUGGGCACGACCAUGGAUGGACCAGAUUCUCAAGAUGGAGGGUCGCAAGGAGGUGCUUCGCGUGCAGCUCUUUGUCACCAAGCCCCGAAACCAGAACGAAGUCAACAGCCGAACAGGGACCGUGCAAAUGUUCCCUGGACGCUGCAACCCGUCGACGGUUUUGGAGAAGGAGGUGGCAGAACAAGUGGGAGCGAUGGGUGUUGUGGUUUGCGGGCCUGGAGCAUUCGCAGACAGCGUUCGCGCGGCAGUGCGCAAGAAGGUCGACGUUGGCAAUAUCACGUUCCACGAGGAGGCUUUCACGUAUUAA